CUGGUCGCAUCGCGCCUGAGGGCGUGGUAGGGCCGUUUCACCGGACAUCGGCCAUGUCGCUUCAUGGCUGCAAAUGACUGGCUGGAUGCCUUACCUGGUGCGGUGCCGACGCCGGCGGCCACAAAUAUCGAUGAGAUCCGGCAGAUGGUGGCGGACCUUGGCGCCAGCUCCCGACCAGACGGCGCGGAUCGAGGCGCCCCAGAGACCGCGUGGAAGCUUCCGCAGCUCAAGCCGGACACCCCGUCCAAGAGCAAGCUCCCGAGCUCCGCAGGCGCCGCGAAGAAGUGGAGGGCCACCUACGAGCUCACCGCGGCCAUCAAGAAGGGCGCCACGCUGCGCAGCUUGGCCGCGCUCUCCGGCGUGGCCAAGGUGGCGGCGGAGGCGGAGAUGCCGCAGCUGGCGGCUGCGCUGCCGCCCCGAGGGACGACCACCUCGGGGCCAAGACCAAUGACAGGCGCCUUCAAGCGGAUGGGCACCGGCGGCCCAAAGAAUGUGGGGAAGCUGCUGCUGCUGGGCAACGGCCAGGGCGACCUCGGCGACCCCCUAGGCAUGACGCUGCCGCCGCCCAAUCCGCCCGGUGGGCCCAACCCGCCGCCCGCCGAGCGCGACCGCGGCGCCGACAGCCGCAUGGCGGCCACGUUCCCCUCGCCCUUGGCGAAGAAGAUGAGAAGCGUACUGCAGCGCAUACGCUCGCAGGAACCCUCGUCGGCGCUGAAGCGUAUGGCCGAACGUCAGGAGGAGCCAGAGGUGCCCAAAGCGGAGGCACCACCUGAGGCCUCGGCCCCCGCGUUUGCGGCGGAUGCGGCGGUUGCGAGCGCUGGAUGGAAGCCGCUGGCUGCAAACCUCAACGGCCUACAGCCUGCGCCGGAGGUGCUGUCGCCCCCCUCGCCCUUGCCGCCCCAUCCGGACGAUCUAGAAGAGGCCAGCCAUGAAGAUCUGAGCGAGCGGCCGGUCGCCUUGCCACUGCCACACAUCCCCACGGGCUGGCAGAAGAAGGAGGGGGAGGCGGUGGCUCAGAUGAGCGCCCGCCUCGGCCGCCGCCUCAGCGAGCGCCGCGUGUCCGACGCGGAGAAGCCGCCCAGGGCGCGGCGAAUGAGCGAGCGCCGCCUCAGCAAAGCCGAGGAGCGGAGGCUCUCCUUCCUUCAGAACCGGGCGGCCGCUGGCGCGGCGCCGGCGCCGAAGCCGUCGGAGCCCUUGGCUUCGAACCGCUUGGCAGGGAUGGUGCUGGAGCUCCAGGUCCAAAAGCCCCCGCCGGGCAGGCGGGCCUCCAUGCGCGCCACGGAGCCGGUGAAGCCCAACAUGUGGCAGAUGUCGGAGGAUCUGCCGUCGCCCAUGGCAUCCCCAAGGGCGGCGCCCGUGGGGAAGACGGAGCUGGGCUCCAAGUGGAAGCAGCUGAACAAGCGCAUCAAGGACGCCAAGGAGUCCAAGGAGGCCGUCCCGGAAGGCGCGCGCCGCAACUCCAUGGAGCUGCAGCCGGCGCCGCCGGAGAAGGCCCCGGAGGAGGAAGCGGAGCCCAGCGUGCCCAAGCUGGCGGAGGCGCUGGUGAAGUACUUCGGGUCCCUGGGCCGUGCCUUCGAGCACUGGGACUUCGCCAAGAAAGGCAAGUUCACGCGCGCACAGUUCUAUGCUGGCUGCGCCAGUGUGAGGCUGAACUUUCGGCAGAUCUCUGGGGUCACGGAGCGUGACAUCUUCAAGCGGAUGGAGGAGGCAGAGGCGGAGGGGCCCAAGGAUUCCGUGACCCGGGAGAAGUGGGACAAAUUCUUCGAGGGGGUGCUGCAAGGUACGCAGGAGGCCGAGCUGCUCACGGCAGACAUGGGGUCAGAGGUGGAGAAGCGGCUGGAGGAGCGGCGCAAGGAGCGCAACCUGAAGAAGGUCGGGGAGGAGCCAACGCCCACCGUGUCGGUGGUCAUGGAGGUGGCGCGGGCCAAGGCGGCCUUCAUGAAGCUCCGGGGCGCCAGCAGCCAGUCGGUGGGCUCCGGAGACUCGAGGGAUGCAAGCCGUGUGGACUCCCCGGGCAGCCCGCGGAGCUUGAAGCAGAGCAACAGCGGCUGGUGGCCCGUGGCGGAGGGCCAGGAAGGUGUCGUCGGGCCCGAUGAGUCGCAGGACCUCAGCGGCUUCUUCCGAGAGGCGGGCGAGGCGGGGCUGGAGGGCCUCUCUUCGCCGCUUGGCGAGGAGGGCACCCGCAGCGCCAAGAGCGUCCGCGGCUUUUUCCGCGAGCGGAGCGGCAGCGCAGGCGACGUGGCGUCGAGCCGCAGCCUGGGCAGCCCGGAUCUCACGCGCUCGGCGACGCUGCCGGCGACUCUGCACGCGCCGCUACAGGCCUUGGACUCCGGCAGCUCCUCCUCGGAGGACUCUGAGGACAAGUCGGAGGAGCCAGUGAGGACCCGAUCUGUGGCGGAGUGGAAGAGGGCCAUCGAAGGGGAUGAUUCCGAUGGAGACGGCGAGACCUUCCUGAAGCAGGGCCUCUCGAGCACCAGCAGCAUGCGCCGGGUGCUGCGGCACGGCGUGAGCGGCCGGGAUCUGCAGGAGCUGAGCGACGCGGAGCUGCAAGCCGUGGCGGAGCAGGAGCAGCUGGCAGCAGAGCUGCGGCAGAUGAACGCCAGCGGGCGGCUGGCGCUCGCCUACGUCUUCGUGAAGAAGAUCGGGUCCUUGAAGCGGGCCUUCCGCUGGUUCGACACCCGGCGCAUCGGGAAGAUCGCCCAGGUGGUCUGGGACACCGGCUUCACCCUGCUGCACAUCGACUCUGAGAAGCUCUGCGGGUGGAAGCCCUUCGAGAUCUUCAGGCAGAUCGACAUCGAUCCCUGCGAUGGCAUGAUCUCUAUGAAGGAGUGGAAGAGCUUCUUCGCAGAAGCCGCGCAGACCAUCGCGCAAGAGAUGGAGCAGAACGGGGGCAGUGACUUUGAGCAGCAAGUGCGCCUCCGUGGGCACGCCAUGAAGCAGAAGGCGGCGCAGAAGCGGAGGAGCCGACGUGGUGGCUACUCUUCGGAGGACCCCUGGCUUCUGGAGAUGCAAGAGAACCAGGCCAGGAAGAAGCAAGAGGAGGAGUUUCGCAUGCGCGUGCGGGAGAAGCUGGCGGCGAUGAUGCCGGGAGAGUCCUUCGCCUUCGCCCGGGAAUGGCUCUGCCGCAUGGACCACCUCACGCCGGUGAGGCGCAGCUACAUCGUUGAGGAGGUGGCGGAGAAGAUGCGGCUCUGGUCGCUGCCCUCGCCGGUUUUGGUGGAGAUCCGCGAGAUGCAGAGGAGCAUAGAGGAGGAGGUGAGGCCGGAGCCGAAGUACAGCCUUCAGCACGUGAUGCCCAAGGAGGAGGCUUUGGGCGAAGACGGAGACGCCGGGAGCAUCUUGGUCUUGAAUCUCCGGGACUUCGCCGAGGAUGUGGAGGAUGAGCUCCACAGCAUCCCCCUGCACGGCGCCCACAGCUUCCCCAGCUCCUUGAGCCACGUGCAGCGGGCCGUGGUGCAGAUCCUGGCGGAGCGCAUGGGCCUCGUGGCCAAGACGGAGAGGAUUGGGGCCACGUGGCAGAUCACCGUCUUCAACGUGGAAGAGGGCUUCUUGGACAAGCUGAAGCAGCAGCUCUUGGCCUUGCGGGACGGCGAGGGCACGCGCCUCGCCGUGCCGGAGGUGAGUUCGGAGGAGCUCCACCUGUCGAAGGUCCUAUCGGAGGAGAUCGGGCUCACGGUGAACACCUCUGCAGAUGGGGCAGUGGAGGUCUACAACCUCCAGGAGUUCCAAAAGCAACUCAGGCACGAACUCCUCGAAGUGCCUGUGGGCGAGAGCAGGAGGAUCGCGUUGCACAACAAGACCGAGGAGCAGAGGCUGGCGCUGCACAAGAUGGCCGCGGAGUUGGGGUUGAAUGUCUCAGAGGAGGGCGUCAGGAAGCAGAGGGAGGCGGUGGUGGAGAACAUGACCUCGCAGCUGCAGAGGCUCCGGGAGCAGCUGCUGGGCACCGAGGAAGCAGGCGAGCUCAUCCGCAUGAAGUUGCCGCCCCAGCAGCGCCAGCAAGAUGCCGUCUUCGAGAUGGCCGGCGACUUCGGCUUUGAGUGCGUGGAGCGGCUGAAGACCGCGGAGGGCGAAGAGGUGGCCUUCCGGCGCUUGUCGCUGGAGAAGACCUCGGUGGCCGUGAGGCGUCGCCGCAGCAGCGUCAACGGGACGCCCAGCACGCCGCAGACGGCGGAGCGCGCCGGGCCCGAACGCAGCGGCCUCGACCUCGAGGAGCUAGAUGGCCUGAGCGAUGACAGCGAGAGCAAGAGUAGCCAGUCAGAGGAGCUGGAGGUGGAGACCCCGGAGCCGCCGAAGCCGCCAGGCGAAGACCACCUCAUUGCCCGCGUCUUCCAGCAGUAUGCCUCAGGACGCUGGCACAAUGGCACUGCACUCUUCCUGCGAUACGGGGACUUGAAGGGCUUCGCGGAGGACCUCAAGUAUGUCACUCCCAACGUGGACACCAAGCUCUACCGCUUCACAGGCAUGUUCGAGUACGUCUUCGAGGAUACCCUGCAGCUUCAGAUCGACAUGGGCGUGCGGGCCCAGGGCCUGACCUUGGAGUGGUUCCAGAUCUUUCUGCAGAAGAUCAUCCUCCGACUGGGCAUGCAAUUUGUGCCAGUGCUGUUCUCCUUGCUAGCGGAGUGACCGCCGCAUGUGGCUCCCUUUUUUGGCGGCUCGCUACACUUGAUUUUUUUUUGUAACAAAAAGGCGGGCGCCAUUUGGGAUGGUUCCCUCAUGUAGAGACUCACCCAAAUGGAUCCAUUCGCAUGGAAUGGAUCCAUUGCGCGUGCGGAUUAGGUGCCUCGCGCAGCAAAGGGGACGAGCAGCUGACAAUCUUCUCUUUUUUGGGGCGGCGGUGACUUUGAUGGUAAAAUGAUGAGGCCAGUGCCGGCCAAGUCGUUUACUGUAGCUGUGCAAAUCCACACCCUUGGCCUGCGAAAUGCAGCGGGCCUGUCCGGUCAGGGAGUGAGUUUUUGGUAUGCAUGCAGCCAGGCGCCGCCAUGCGCGCGCGACAUGGGUUCUCAAAGCGGU